AUGGCCGCCUCCCUCUCAGCCUCUGUCUCAUCGCUUCAAUCCACCCUACAACUCCUCGACAGCUCCAUCUCCACCCUGGACGAAGGCGUGCACGACUUCCCCCGCCUCUGCAAAGUGCUCCAAACAACGCGCCACUUCGAACUCCUCCCCGAACCAACCCUCCGUGAAGCGCAACGCUCCCUCCUCGACGAGAUCAGCCCGAGCAUCGCACACCUCCUCUCCCUAGCCACCAACCACGUCGAGAAACUCGCGCGGCGCGAACAGGGCCUGAAAGCAAAAUGCGAUUUGCAAGAGGGUCGUCUGUCGUCUAAUUCGGAGAGCAAAAGCUCUGCUGCGCGGCAGAACCAGGCUAGCGCUGCAGCGUUGCGGGCGAGAAUGGCUAGAGCUGGAAGUGGGGAUAAUGCGGCGAAGGCCCUGCAGCUUAAGAGUCUUGUGCAGAAGAAGGAGAGAUUGAAGUAUGCGGUUGAGAGGUUGGAGUUGCAGAGUACACAGAAGGAGAGGCAAUUGAGAAAGAGCAUGGCGGCGCAGUGA